AUGCCUGUAAUAUGUGCUGGAUGUCACAUGAAAAUUCCAAACAGAAAAUUCAUUGCCUGCUAUCACUGCAAAUCUACAUAUGACUUGCAGUGCGGUAAUAUCACAGAUAAAAAGUUUAACUUGAUGACCGCUGAAACCAGAGCCACUUGGAAGUGUCACAACUGCCGCAACAAUCAAUCCAAAAUUAUGGACAUUCCUACACCUGUACGCAACGGGCAAACUGCAAUAACGAGCACACACUAUUCAUCUAACUCCCUGUAUAACACUUCUGAUAUUAAAAAUACAUCCAAAACUAAAAACUCCACGCCGCAGGAACACCACAACUCACCUCCUGGAAGCAUUUAUGUGACCGAGGAUGCCAUGAGAGACUUAUUCGACCAUUUUAAGACCGACAUUUGCAAAAUUAUCAAACAAACCGUCACUGAAGUUGUUGUAAGUAAGUUCAUUGACAUAUCCCAGCAGAUUAACGAAUUUAAAGAAUCCUUGUCUUUCUUCAACGAUAAGUUCGAGUCGGUUAUGACCAAUUUACGAGAGAGUACUGCAACUAUUGAUAGAUUACAAUCUGACAAUGCUGAAUUAAAAUCAACCGUCAAAGAUCUCUCAGUCAGAUUAAAUUUAGCUGAACAGCACCUUCGCGAUAGUAAUGUGGAACUGCAUGGCAUUCCGGAACACCGUGGGGAGAAUUUAGUUAACUGCCUCACUCAGCUGUGCACUACAGUAGGCGCUGCUGUUACUGAAAACGAUUUUACGCAAGUCACCCGCGUAGCCAAAUUGGACAAAGAUAGUACAAGACCCCGAACAGUCAUCGCCAAACUCCGUACUCCACGUCAGCGUGACAUUCUACUAGCUGCGGUUUAUAAUUUCAACAAGAAGAAUCCAGAAAGUAAACUAAAUUCCCAAAAUUUAGGCAUCGGUGGCAAAAUUUUUCCAGUGUUUGUAGCUGAGCAUCUUACACCAUCUAACAAAUCUCUACAUGCUGAAGCAAGAAAAAAAGCUAAAGAGUCAAAUUAUAAAUAUGUAUGGGUCAGGAAUGGUCGCAUUUAUGUUCGUAAGGACGAUACAUGUCAGGCGUUGCUUAUUCGUAGCACUGAAAGCAUAAAGCUUAUAAAGUAA